AUGAAGAAGUUCUUCGAUGCCCGUAGGGAGAUGGUGAGCUCUGGACCCGCGUCUGGAGCCGCUGCGGGGGGCGGCGCGGGGUCCGGCGCGUUUAUCGGGACGCGUUUCUUCGCCAUCGGACGAUAUCAAGUGACCGUGGAGGAGACUGUGGCGGAGGGUGGUUUUGCUAUUGUAUUUCUGGUGAGGACUCAUCAGGGCGUCCGUUGUGCGCUGAAGAGAAUGUAUGUCAACAGUGAACAUGACCUUCAAGUAUGCAAGAGGGAAAUUCAGAUUAUGAGGGACCUUGUGGGUAACAAAAACAUCGUUGGUUUCCUGGACUCCAGCAUCACAGCAGUAGGUUCAGGAGAUGUUUGGGAAGUUCUCAUAUUGAUGGACUUCUGUCGAGGUGGGCAGGUGGUGAACCUGAUGAACCAGCGUUUACAGACUGGAUUCAGUGAGACGGAGGUGCUGCAGAUCUUCUGUGACACAUGUGAAGCUGUCGCUCGACUACAUCAGUGCAAAACUCCCAUCAUCCACCGGGACCUGAAAGUGGAGAACAUCUUGCUGCAUGACAGAGGACAUUAUGUGUUGUGUGAUUUUGGCAGUGCCAUUAACCGCUCCCAGAAUCCACAAACAGAAGGUGUGGCGGCUGUAGAAGAAGAAAUCAAGAAGUACACUACUCUUUCAUACCGGGCCCCAGAAAUGGUGAAUCUGUAUGGGGGCAAAGUUAUCACUACUGAAGCAGAUAUAUGGGCUUUGGGCUGCUUGUUGUACAAGUUGUGUUAUUUCACACUGCCGUUUGGAGAGAGUCAGGUGGCCAUCUGUGACGGCAGCUUCACCAUCCCUGACAACUCCCGCUACUCGCACGACAUGCACUGCCUCAUCCGUUACAUGCUGGAGCCAGACCCUGACAUAAGGCCAGAUAUCUACCAGGUGUCAUAUUUCGCCUUUAAACUGGCACGGAAAGAAUGCCCAGUACAGAAUAUCCACAAUUCACUCAUUCCAGCAAAACUCCCAGAUCCAAUCAGAGCCAGUGAAGCUGUGGCCAAGAAGAGCCAAAACAAAGCCAGGCUCACUGAUCCAAUCCCUGCGACUGAGACCUCCAUCGCACCACGGCAGCGUCCCAAGGCUGGCCAAGCUCAACCAAUCGCAGGCAUCCUGCCCAUUCAACCAGCCCUCACCCCUCGUAAAAGAGCCAAUGCACCUGCAGCACCCGGCAAGCCAAUCAGCGUUAACAGUGCUUCCCAGCCUGUUUCCCAAUCACAGGUUCCUGUCGCUCAGCAACAAGCCACGCCCACUCCAAUGCAGGCCACUCCCUCUCCACCCCAGACCACUCCCCAACAUGCACAACUUUUUGUGCAGCAGCAAAACACAGCCUUCUUUACUGCUCACAACAGGUAA